AUGGAUGUUAACUUGGAUGCAGCGGGUGUGAGGCAUUGCUUGGUUGAUAAGAUGAAAUCUAGUUCUCGACAAGUUCGUCACAGGUUGCAUAAGCAUUACAAGAAGUAUGCAACCCUGCAAGAGGCUAAGAAUAAUAAGCCACCAUUUUGUGCUAGUAAAGAAAAUUGGGACGAACUCUGUGAUUAUUUUGCAUCAGCUAAGUUCAAGCAUCAAAGUUCAAUUAACUCUAUGAAUCGACAAAUGUUAAGGACCCCGCAUAUAUCUGGCAGAACUCCUUUUUCUACACUUCAACAUGAAAUUGCUCAGAAGAAUACUGCCAAUGGGGACGCUAAUGAAGAUGCUAAUGGAGAUGCUAAUGGUGAUGCUGGGGACAUAAUUGAGUUCUACAAACUCACACAUUCCACUGACAAACAUGGUUGGUCAAAUAAUGAGGCAAAAGAAAAUUGGGUGAUUGUUCUCUUUGAUGUUGAUGGAUAUAUCGAGACUUUUCAGCAAAACUAG